GGCCUUAAAAUGAGUGUUAGUUUUCUUUUUUUUUAAAAAAAAUAAAUAAUUCAAUUAAAUUUUUCUUAUGAUUUUAGGGUGAAAUAUGACCCGGUUUCAUGAGAUUCAACCACAAAUAUAUAGAUGUGUAAAUGUGCACAUGCACACUUGUGUGAACGUCCAUGGACACAAAUACACACAUAUUAGCUUGUGUGUGUGUGUGUGUGUGUGUGUGUGUGUGUGUGUGUGUGUGUGUUGGUGUCAGCUCUUAUCUGGCCAUGAUCUGACGGCUGUUUGAUGGACUUGUAUUCAGCAAAUGUGUUUUCAGCCAAUCUGAGUGUGUGUGUGUGACUGUGUGUAUGCGCGGGGAUCAGGGGCGUGAGGUGCCUUUGAUGGUGUGAUAUACGCGUGUGUGUGUGUGUGUGUGUGUGUGUGUGUGUGUGAGGGCGGCUGCCAGGGUCAGCUCUGUCCUGGGAAAGUUGAGCUCUCCAUUUACAUCAGCACAUGUUGAGGCCUUCUGGUGGCUGCAGGAGCGCACGGGUGGACAGAUGGCAGCAGAUUCACUGAGAGAGAGAGAGAGAGAGAGAGAGAGAGAGGUGAGGAGGAGCUGGAAGAUAGAUGGAGGAGAGGGAGAGACAGGGAUGAGCUCGCUGUUUUUCAUCAUAAUCACUGAACGUGUUGCGAUUGGGAAGAAGAUAUGAAGUCAAAACAGCAAGGUGUUGUUUAAUAGCUAAAUUAGUAUCAGUAUUUGUUCUGAGUGAAGAUGCAGAACUAGCAAGGACAAACUUAUACUCAUGACACUUUUUUUUUAAGUGAAUCUACCAAUCUUUUACUUAUUUAAUCAAAAGAGUUUAGACCAGUCCUGGUUGCCCAUAGCAAUGAUUUGUCACAUGUCAGCACAUCCUUGACCUUUCACAUCGUUUAUCACUUGACCUCAUAAUUUAUUCAGGAGAUAUUUGUACUUUCGAUGUCAUAUAUCUGGUAGUUUUUGUUGUGUUUUUUUGUGUAUUACUCGAAAAAGAUGUUGAUUUUUGAGGAGAAAAUACCUUUCUAUUGUUUCCUCCAACUUGUCUGUUCUCUCCUCCAUCGCUGGGAGGAGAUGUGAGGGUCAGUGAAACGCAACACUGAGCGCAUGUGUCGAGUAUUAAUCCUCUUACUGCAGCAGAUGCUCGUCUGUCAAUCAACCUGACGCGGGUGCGCGCGCUCGAACUUGACUUGAGAGCGCGAGAGAAAGAACACAGCAGGUGCGCGAGGGAUUCCGCACCAUCAUUUAGCGAUGCGGGAAUGAUAAAUAAAGCAGCUUUUUUUACACAAUCAGUGUGUUGACAGCGGCCACAGGCUUGUUUUGCACCACUAAAGUUGAAAACGCGAUGCCGUCGGAGGAUGAGGCUGCGCCGGUAAAUGAAGACGAUCACCCGCCUCCGGUUCCACCGCGAGCGACUCUUCCUCGAGACUCCCCGGCGUGCGCCGCCGUGCCUGAGCGCAGGGUGAAGUGUGUGCUGGUCGGGGAUGGAGCGGUGGGUAAAACGAGUCUGAUCGUCAGCUACACCACGAACGGAUAUCCGACAGAACACAUCCCCACCGCCUUUGACAACUUCACAGCAAGAGUUGUGGUGGAUGGAAGACCAGUUCAGCUUCAACUGUGUGACAUGGCAGGACAGGACGAGUUCGACCGCCUUCGUCCACUCUGUUACCGUGACGCUGACGUCUUCCUGCUCUGCUUCAGCGUGGUCCUUCCAUCCUCCUUCAGGAGCGUGACGGACCGCUGGGCCCCUGAGAUUCAGCGCCUCUGUCCGGGCGUUCCCAUCAUCCUCGUGGGCACCCAGUGCGACUUGCGGGAGGACGUCCAGAUGCUGAUCCGACUCGCAGGUGGCCAGGAGAAACCGGUGAGCAGCGACGAGGCCCACCUGUGCGCCCGGAGCAUCGGUGCCGUGACGUUCACUGAAUGCUCUGCUCUGACACAGAAGAACCUGAAGGAAGUGUUCGACGGCGCCAUCUUGGCGAGUAUGAGGCAUGCGGAGGAGGCGGCGUGGCCGAGGAUUCAGACACUGAGAGAAAAAACUCCAGAUAAAAUCAAACAGCUCUCAGAAACAUGGUGGAGGAAACUGAGCUGCGUCCAGAGCUUUGACUUUCACUGAUGCAGAAGUUACGUUACACUGGUGGGUUUGAGUUGCCUUUCUUGCUGAUGUCAGAUGCUCACUGUAUAAAAUACAUCCUUAAAGUCAAGAUGAAAUGACUCACAAACCCAUUUUACUGUGAUGUAUUUCCAAAUUAAACAGGAUAUUCAACGAGAAACAAUGUAGGGUUGGAUCAGUUCACUUCAGAAUUCAAAUUUCCUGAUAAUUUACUCACCCCCAUGUCAUCCGAGAUGUUCAUGUCUGUCUUUUUUCAGUCGAAAA